GCAGGCUGCCGCAGGACUAUCAGAUUUUAGUGUCCCUAAACUUGAUUAGGGUCAUCGUCCAUCUUCUCCUCUGGGUUAUCCAAUUCCUCAAUUCCACAGGUUCCCUAUAAGCAAAUUGCUCAGUAUCCGUCUUGCUUGUAACAAUGCUCUUUCGGUUACCAGACGAUGAGGAUCCCUUUUACAGACGCUUCUUUAUAAUGGUCUGGUUUUUCGCCGAGCUUUUGGUUGAAUUCAUAAUUCCGGCGCUUGUUGCCGUUUUCCUCCUCGGAGGAAUCGUGAUGUUCUGUGGACUUCUGCUGGGGAUAAUUCCAGAUCCCGAAGAGACGAAAGACAAGAAAGCGCCAAAGGAGAGUCAACUCGAUCCAGCCAAAUCUGUUCAAGGGUUGGAUGAGAAAAAUCGGGUCAAUAUCGAGAUGGAAAUACUGGAGGAGAUGCUACAAGAACGGCGCGUGAGGAUGGAAAAGCUGGUAAAGUGUGACUGGAGAAAAGCUAUCGUAAUGACGCCUCAAUCCCCUCACUGGCAAUAGUUCUCCCUAUUGCCUUGGGGAGCUCCGUGGUGGAUGAUCAAAUGAAGCUUUGUCGGACUGUUGGACGGACUGGUGUCAGCUCCGAAGACAUCGAUUGGUUUGCGCUGUUUCCAGCAUGUUUUUUUCACUAUGCUAGAUAUUUU